AUGGCCGCCAUAUUCUUUGGGAAGGUCUUCUCUAUCUUGACGAAAUUCGGUGCCGGAACGGCGACCGCUGAAGAUACCCUCCAUGGUGUUGCAAAAUGGUGUACAGCUUUGGUUGGCCUCGGAGGAUCUGCAUGGAUCGUUGAAGGAGCCUCCCUAUCCUCCUGGAUGGCUUUUGGUGAGGCUCAGGCAAGGAGUGUACGACACAAGAUGUUCGAAGGCAUGUUGGACAAGGAGAUGGAAUGGUAUGAUCUACGGCCAGAUGGAAUUGGGUCGCUUCUGAUCCGUAUACAAACUCAAAUUCAAGAGCUUCAACUAGCAGUCUCCCAACCCCUGGGUUUCCUGAUUUUCGACAUAUUCGGCUCGAUUGCAUCCCUCGGUCUGGCUUUCUACUUCUCAUGGAAGCUCACUCUUAUCAUCACCUCGGCCAUUCCACUCGCAGCUAUUGUUCUCUACCUGAUCUCAGUACCACUCUCUCCAGCCGUUGAAGCACAGAAACAAGGACUCUCUCAAGCUCUAAAACACGUCAAUACAUCCAUCGAGGCAAUUGACACCGUCAAAGUAUACACUGGCCAACAACAAGAAGUCUGGCAGUACCUCUCCGCAAUGAAGAAAGUCGCUUCGAGCUACAUGAUUCAGGCAAGAUGCAACGCACUGCAAUUCGGAAUCACGAAACUCAUCACGGUGGGCAUAUUCGUUCAAGGAUUCUGGUUCGGUCUCUACUUGGUGGACCAUGGCAUGGAUCCGGGCCAUGUUCUCACAACUUUUUAUGCCUGUUUGGCCUCGAUGCAAUCUGUCGAGACCAUUUUGCCACAGUGGCUGGUGCUGGCAAAGGGAAUAUCUGCUGGACAAAUUUUGAAAGCGGUCAUGGCACAAAUGGAACAUGGGAGGAAAGUAAAACAUAUGGUGCGCAGGACAAACCCCAUGCCCUUUUCAGCCGGAGAUAUCGAAGUCAACGAAGUAUCGUUUGCAUAUCCAUCUAAUCCGAAACAAAACGUGCUGAAUAAAGCGACUUACUUUUUUCCGUCCGGCGAAAUGACUUUCAUCGUGAGCAAAAGUGGGUCCGGGAAAAGCACUUUGGCAAAUCUUCUGAUGAAAUACUACAAACCGACCAGCGGAAAUAUUCUCAUUGACGGCCAUUCAAUUCAGACACUCGAUGCGGAAUGGCUCCGACAAAACGUUACGUUGGUCCAACAGCAGAGUGUGCUAUUCAAUGAGACUGUUUACCAGAACAUCGCUUUCGGCAGGGAAGGUCGUGCCACCAUGGAAGAUGUUCUCAACGCUUCGAAAACAGGCGAUCUCCAGCAAACCUUCAUCGACUUACCAGAAGGGCUUAGCACACUUGUUGGGUCGAAUAGGGAACCGUUGAGUGGCGGCCAGCAGCAACGAAUCGCGAUAGCAAGAGCCCGUCUCCGAGAUGCUCCUAUCUUAAUCCUUGACGAAGCGACUUGUGCUCUGGAUCAGACGAGUAAGCGGAAAGUUAUGGAAGAAAUUCAAAGAUGGCGGGAAAAGAAGACAACAAUCGUUAUUACUCACGACGCUUCUCAAAUUCAUGAUGAUGAAUACCUCUAUGUUCUCGAUCAUGGCAAUCUGGUCCAAGAAGGCUACUGUGGGGACUUCGCUGAAAAGGAGCAGGGAACUUUUGUUUCUUUCCAUCCUGUUUAUGCUCGGGCGGGUAAUUCGACAGUUCUCGAACAGAGACGAAAAUCAGAGCCAACAUCUCCAACUUGCCUUCUUAUGGGUGAUAUCGACGAGAUUUCAGGAGUUUGUUGGAGCCGACCUUCCAAUAAAUUUGGUAUGCACGAAUCUGGCCCACAGUCUUCGAAUGUCAACAGCAAUCUCCAAAGAGAUCGAAAUUUAUCCCAGGAUGUUCAGGCAUUCUCCACCAAUGAACUAAAUUUAUCACAGCAAGCUAUACCUGUCCCGCCCGCAGAAAUAUUUCAGUCCCCUCGGCUGGGAUAUUUUAGACUAAAUGCAUUGGCUUUUCUCUCCCCAUGCACUCUUUCAAGAGCAUCUUUCCAGGACCUACCCCGACGCUCGAGUUUUGCAGAAAGAGGAAAUAUGAACCUUCCAGUAGCAGAAUACGCAAUCAUGGCUGAAGCUGGCAAAGGUCGCCCCAGCCCUCCGACCAUCAAUACAUCCGCCAUCAAACAUCGACCUUCUCCUCCUCAAGUCGAGCAAGGCGUGACGUCGCCGACAAGUACAGCACCGACUCCCAAGAAACUGCUGAAGACAACCCCUGCGCCGUACAUUAAAAUUCUGAAAUCAAUCUGGCCGACGCUAUCUGGGACGGACCGCAUCUUUUUCGUACUGGGAUUCUUCUUCGCCUUCAUCGUCGCUGCUGCCACACCUGCUUUCGCGUAUGUUUUCGCAAGACUGCUGGGAAUCUACUAUCUUGAAAGCGAUCGGGUCUCUCAAGCCAAGUUAUGGGCUCUUGCACUGGUUGGUAUCUCCAUUGUUGACGGAGUGGCCACCUUCUGCACGCACUAUGUUCUUGAACAUAGCGGACAAGCAUGGGUGAAUUCCUUGCGUGUCGAAGCCUUCAAGAGAAUUCUUGCUCAGCCUCGCUCCUGGUUUGAGAUAGAGGAAAACUCCGCAGCUAGACUCAGCGAAUGUCUCGACAGAAAUGCCGAAGAGAUGCGGAACCUUGUGGGUCGAUUUGCUGGACCUAUCUUCACCACCAUCUGGAUGCUCGGUAUAUCGAUUGUCUGGGCUUUCCUGAUCUCCGGGAAGCUGUCUCUCGUCGCUAUGGGAUGCGUACCAGUGGUUUGGGCUACAACGAGCCUCUUCUCUCACAUCAGCAGCAAAUGGGAGGAGAGAUGCAACGUCUUGGCCGCCCAAACCGGCGACGUAUUCACUGAGACCUUUUCAAACAUCCGGGUCCUGCGUGCCUUCACUCUUGAAUCCUACUUUAAGCGGAAACACAUGGCAUCCACCACCAGAACCUACAAGACCGGACUAUCCCAUGCUCUCUAUUCUGGGGUUGCCUUCGGAUUAGGCGACGCGAUCUCCUUCUUCAUCACAGCGACCAUCUUCUACUACGGCACCGUAAUAACCACCCGUGGCGCCCUCCCUGUCUCCGCGCAUGUCGAUCCUCUCCCUCAUCCCACAACUUUCCUCGUCCCGCGCAACAGCAACCCACAUGCUCUAUCUCGCCAACCUACCUCUCCAUUCCCACGAGUCCCUCGGAACCCAUCGCUUAACGACGCCCUUCCCAAUCCACUUCAACAAUCUUUCCUUCACCUACCCCUCGCGCCCACGCCAACGCACCUCUCCUCCAUAACACUAACCCUCACACCCGGCUCUAGGACCGCGCUCGUCGGGCCAUCCGGUAGUGGGAAAAGCACCCUCGGUUCCCUGAUCCUCGCCCUCUACCCACCAGACCCCGUCGCACCACAUCACCCCGCACCUUUAACAUUCGCCGGCAUCCCCGUCACUUCAUGUAACAUCUCCAGCCUACGAAGCCACAUCGCCAUCGUGCCUCAAUCACCAACCCUCUUCCCAGCCACCAUCCUAGAAAACAUAAUUUACGGUCUGCCCGAAGGCUCACCGCUUGCGAAUCUCAACGCCGCGACGCUUGCAGCGAGAGAUGCGGGGAUCGAUGAGUUUGUUUCGAGUUUGCCAAAUGGUUAUCAGACUCUUGUAGGGGACGGCGGCCAGGGACUUUCCGGAGGCCAGACGCAGAGGAUCGCUAUUGCUCGCGCUCUUGUUCGUCGUCCCAAGGUUCUCAUUCUUGACGAAGCAACGUCGGCGCCUGAUGCUAUAUCAGCCGGGAUGAUUACCGAAGUUGGGAGUUUCGAUGAACUGAAGUGGAGAGGAGGGGCGUUUGCGAGGUUGAUUGGGGGAUUAGGGGUGGUGGGAGAGUAA